AUGACUGAAAGCGAAGAAGUCCAUGAAUCAUCUGAAAGUAGUGAAAGCCACGAAAGCAGACUAACAGAAAACAUCAUUUUAUUCGUCUUUUUAGGCUUAAUUCUCUCUUUUUUCUGCUACCAAAUCAAGAAAAGAUUCAAAGUCCCAGUCGCUCCAAUUUUGAUUGCAGUAGGCGUUUUAUACAAAGUUGGAGGCAAUUAUUUAUACUUAGUCUCAGACGCAGUCGGUCUAAUUGAUCAGCUUUCCCCUGAAGUCCUAAAUUUAGUUAUUUUACCUCCUUUAGUAUUUGAAGCAUCCUUGGCAACCGAUUGGUAUACAUUUAAAAAGGAGCUCGGGCAAAUUAUCCCAAUGGCGACUACAAUGGUUGCUUUAUCAUCAUCUCUAGCAGCCUUUGUCAUAAAAACCUUACUUGGCUAUGAUUUUUCUUGGUCAGAAGCAUUGCUUUUGGGCAUCAUUUUAAUGGCUACUGAUCAUGUUGCAGUCGUUGCUCAACUUAAAGAAAUCUAUGCCAGUGAGCGAUUGGAAACUUUAAUAUCAGGCGAAACUUUAUUGAAUGAAGCAGUAGUCAUUAUGCUUUAUAAAACAGUGCUAGCUAGCUGCCUUGGUGAUGCUGAAGGGGAGCAAGCAGUUGUUACUUUAUUUGCUAGGCUGACUUUUGGAGGAAUAAUUUUAGGGCUAGUUUUUUCAGUGCUGAUGGCAUGGACAAUCAAGAAAUUAGUUAAUGAUGAGGUUCAUGAAACAAAUUUAACACUUAUAGCAACUUAUAUGAUUUUUUAUUUGGCGGAUGGGACUGAACUAGAAACGUCAGGAGCUAUUGGGGUAGUUACGUUUGGGCUUUUUAUGUCAGCUUAUGGGAAAACACUGGUCAGCCCAGCUGUUGAAGAAACCUUGCAUGCUUUUUGGAAAAUUUUGGCCCAAAAUAUUGAAUCUAUUGUAUUCAUUAUUGGUGGGAUGGUUUUAGGAGCAUUUGCUGUAGGCUACAGCGAUCUAGAAGUUGCUGACUUUUUAGAAUUUUUACUAUUAUUUGUACUCCUUUAUGUAAUUCGAGCCAUAGCUGUGCUUGCUCAUUAUAGCUCAUACCCCUUUAUAGAUUUCUUUAUCGAGCAAAAUGUACUGGAUUGUUGAACGACCAAGAGAGACUCUAUUAAAGGAACGGGCUGGAUAUCUAUAUCAGGAAGUGCUAAAAAGUGGCAUGUCAAAAAUGGUGACAAGUCUGAAAAAAGUUGACAAGUAAACGCGCCAAUUUUAAAAAUGGAUUUAUUAUUAAAAUAAUUUAAAACUUAAGAUAUUUUAAAUUUUAAUCAAUAUUUAAUUAUGCUAAGUACUUCUCAUAUGAGUCGAUAAGAACUUCUUAUAUAUUUUAAAAUCACAAACCACGCACUUUGCAAAUUAUAGCUUUAGUCUUCAUAAAAAAAUUCGCAUUAAAAUAAAGAAAUUCUAUCGAGCCGGGAAAAAUGCACAUUGAGCUGCAAGUUUUAGAUUUUUACAGCUAUUAUUAAUUUUAAAUAUUAAAUUUAAAUAUAUAUAAAUCGAAAUGUUUAAAGCCAAUAUAUAAUGUGUAAUUAUAUCUUCUGUCUAAUUGGGUAUCUUAAGUUUUAAAUUAUUUUAAUAAUAAAUCCGGCUCGUUUGGCUUUUGAGAGAUACGGGAUGUCCAUAAAAUGAAGAACCAAUAUUUAAUUAAAAGAAAAGAGUUAGUAUCUCUUAUAAAUAAGAAAACAUCAUGUCCUUCAGGUAACUCAUAAUAAGGAGCAAAAAAACCAUUAAAUUUGACUGUAAAAAUUUUUUUUAUAUCACAAAAAUAGAAAAUUCUAGAUCUCCACAAAAAUGGAAACAGUUGAGUCCUUAAUAAAAAAGACCUAGUAACUAACUCCCCCCCCCCCCCUCCGUGAGCGAACAAAACCCAUAGAAAAAUCGCCAUUUUUUGACUAAAAACCCACCCUCCGUGAGUGAACAAAAAUUUUUUUAAUAGAAAAAAUUUUAAUGGAAAAAAAAUUUUGAUAUAUAAGUGAUAAUUAGUAUAAUGAAAUCUAGAGCUAAUUCUUUUUAAUUUUAAACAAAUUGCGUUUUAAAACAUAAAUUUUGCAAAUUAAAUUAAUAUUUGCUUCCCAAUUUUUGCAAAUUAGGAUUUUUUUAAAUUUCGAAAAAAAUAUUUUUUUAUAAAAUUUAUAUAUAAAUUUAUUUUAAAAAAAAAAAUUAACCCCCCUCCGUGAGCGAAACAAAAUUUUUUUGUUCGCUCACGGAGGGGGGGGGGGAGUAAGCAAAAUAGACGAUACCAGCAAUUCAUCAAUGCAACCUAAUGGUCUAGAUAAUUUGCGAGAGUCUAAUGAAAAUAAAAAAUUUCGAUAAACGCUUGCUUCAAUAAAAAACGGAAUUGUUAUGUUUAUAAGUCAAAGUUCAGCCAUUUAAAUAAAAAAACGAAAUUCAUCUCUUUUUCUCAAGAGAUAACGGUUUAUUAGGUGCUGCAAAAACCCGCUUAAAAAGACCGUUAUAUUUGUGCAAAAAUUAAUAUAAUUUCUGCACCGAUUUGCGUUGCAACACAUAUUAAUAUAGUGAAACGAUGCUUUAUUUUGAGCCUUAUUUAUAUUAGAUUUUAUGUCUUAUAUAAGAGAAUUUAAUAUGAUCUAAUAUUUCGAAACUAUCUGCUCAUGAAAAUGUGAAAUCGUUUGCUCAGUGAAAAAAAAAUUAAACAGAGCUUAUUAAAAAAAAAAUUUUUUUUUUAAGAAAAAUAAAUUAAAAUUUUUUGUUAUUAAAUACUUUUAGAGCAAGCUUUGCUUAUUUAUUGCGUUUUUUUGUACAAAUAGUAACAAUAUUUAAGGUAAAUCAUACUUAUUUCAGUUUAAAUUUGCCUCUUUCAGUGGCUAUUAAAUAUAUUAAAUUAUUAAAAAAAUAUAUAAAAUCGUUUUUCAAGACAUAUUCUUUCAAAAUAUAUCAAAACGAUGACCAAAAUUUGCAAUAUUUUUUGGGUUAAUUUCCUUAAAAAAGGGUUUUUAUAGUUUUUUAAUAAUUUAAUAUAUUUAAUAGCCACUGAAAGAGGCAAAUUUAAAACUGAAAUAAGUAUGAUUUACCUUAAAUAUUGUUACUAUUUGUACAAAAAAACGCAAUAAAUAAGCAAAGCUUGCUCUAAAAGUAUUUAAUAACAAAAUUUUAAUUUAUUUUUCUUAAAAAAAUAAAUUUCUUUUUUAAUAAGCUCUGUUUGAUUUUUUUUUCACUGACUCCCCCCCCCCCUCCGUGAGCGAACAAAAAAAUUUUGUUCGCUCACGGAGGGGGGUUAAUUUUUUUUUUAAAAAAAAUUUAUAUAUAAAUUUUUAAAAAAAUAUUUUUUUCGAAAUUUAAAAAAAUCCUAAUUUGCAAAAAUUGGGAAGCAAAUAUUAAUUUAAUUUGCAAAAUUUAUGUUUUAAAACGCAAUUUGUUUAAAAUUAAAAAGAAUUAGCUCUAGAUUUCAUUAUACUAAUUAUCACUUAUAUAUCAAAAUUUUUUUCCAUUAAAAUUUUUUCUAUUAAAAAAAAUUUUUGUUCACUCACGGAGGGUGGGUUUUUAGUCAAAAAAUGGCGAUUUUUCUAAUGGUUUUGUUCGCUCACGGAGGGGGGGGGGGGGGAGUGAGCAAACGAUUUCACAUUUUCAUGAGCAGAUAGUUUCGAAAUAUUAGAUCAUAUUAAAUUCUCUUAUAUAAGACAUAAAAUCUAAUAUAAAUAAGGCUCAAAAUAAAGCAUCGUUUCACUAUAUUAAUAUGUGUUGCAACGCAAAUCGGUGCAGAAAUUAUAUUAAUUUUUGCACAAAUAUAACGGUCUUUUUAAGCGGGUUUUUGCAGCACCUAAUAAACCGUUAUCUCUUGAGAAAAAGAGAUGAAAUUCGUUUUUUACUGAGAUGACUUAAACCCAAUUUAGUGACAUAAUGAUUUAUUUUUUUAUUAAGAGAAGCGUUUAUUGAUUUUUUAAUAUAUUCAGAAUGGAAUUGCAAACAAGGUAUAACGUCAGUUUGCUACUAUAUGAAACUGUCAGAUCUUAUUUCUAGUACAUAUAAGUUGCUUAUUUAAUAGACUUAACAGUAUCAUAGUUUAUAUAGCCAACAAGCUUUUUUCAUUAAGACAAAAAAAAAAAAAAUUUUUUACCGUCAAAUUUAAUGGUUUUUUUGCUCCUUAUUAUGAGUUACCUGAAGGACAUGAUGUUUUUCUUAUUUAUAAGAGAUACUAACUCUUUUCUUUUAAUUAAAUAUUGGUUCUUCAUUUUAUGGACAUCCCGUAUCUCUCAAAAGCCAAACGAGCCAAUAAAUCCAUUUUUAAAAUUGGCGCGUUUACUUGUCAACUUUUUUCAGACUUGUCACCAUUUUUUGACAGGUCACUUUUUAGCACUUCCUGAUAUAGAUAUCCAGCCCGUUCCUUUAAUAGAGUCUCUCUUGGUCGUUCAACAAUCCAGUACAUUUUGCUCGAUAAAGAAAUCUAUAAAGGGAUAUAAACUAUAUCCCAUUUUCAAAUAUGUUGGCUAUGGAAUUACUUUUAAAGAGCUUAUAGUGGUUAUCCUUGGUGGUAUUAAAGGAGUCAUUUCAAUCACUUUGGCACUUAUGGUCUUCAAUAAUGAGCAUUUAGACGAGCAUUAUCGUAAUAUCGUUCUAUUUUUCGCUUCUGCAACAGCUUGCUUUUCUAUAAUAUUUGGCAGCGUAAUAGUAAAGGAAGCAGUAAAAAGACUUGGAUUAGAAGAAUUGACAGCCGUCCAAGAAAAUAUGCUGGUAGGUGUAACUACAGCUGUGCUGCAAAAUACUUCAAAACAAAUUGAUAAAUUUAAAGGAGAUAAAAACUAUAGCCUUGUCAAAUGGAAUGAAGUACUAAAUCUUACUGGAUCCAGCGUUUUGACAACUCAGAUGAUUAAAUCUACGAAGGCUGGUGCAAAAUUACUUAAAAAAUAUCCAAAAGAUUCCCCUGAAGAGCUAUUGAGAAAGUAUAUGGAAGGAUUCCAAAUAGACUCAGGAGAGCUAGUUACAGAAACUAGAAGAAGAUAUUUGACUACACUUAAAAGGCUAUAUUGGCAUGAAUUUGAAAAUGGGCACUGCAUGGGGUAUACCGCACUUAUUCUUAUUGAUUCUGCAAAUCAAGCUUUAGAUCAAGAAGAUCACCACAUGGAAGAUUGGGAAAAAUUCGAAAAUAGUGUGUACAACCACAGUUUAAUGAAAUUUUAUUUAAAAUUCUCAAAAAUCCCUAUAAUUGGAAAAUUCUUUGUUAAACUGAUGUAUGAGAUGAUUAUCGUCGCUUAUGACGCUGCAAGGGUGUUCAUAAGAGUCCAUCAUGAAGCUGAAGAACUUUUAGACCAAAUGGAAGUUGAUAUAGACAAAGAGCUUUUUGAAAGAGUCAUGGAAGAAGCUCAUUCUCAGAUCUUCCACUGUAAAGAGUUCGCAAAAGCUCAUAUAAUUGACAGCUAUCCAGAAAUUAUCGCAGAAGUCCAAACAUAUGAAGUCUGUAACGCUCUUUUGUUAUCUCAAAGAAAACUAAUAAAAACCAUUUAUCAUCAAGGCUUAAUUCAAGAGCUUGAAUACGAAAAUCUUUCUGAAACCAUUGAUUUGAAUAUAAAAAAACUGUCCCAAAGAGAAAUUCCUAAGAUGCCGACAUUCAAAACUACCCUGAAAAACAGAUUUUUGCGGGCUUCUGAUGGAGAAAUUGAAGAAUUAUUGCCACUUAUAAGGCAAAAAACUUUCAAAGCUGACGAAAUUCUUUUCACUGAAGGAAGCAAGUCAAAUGGCGCAUAUUUAAUUUUAAAUGGAAGAGUUAGAGAACAAAGCUCUUGGAUUGACCAAGAAUUGAUUACUGGAAAUAUUGUUGGCGUACAGCAUUUAUUCCCAGAGUUUAAUGUCAAUACAACAACAGCAACCGCACUUACAACAGUAGAAACAGCUAUUUUACCAAUAGAAAUCAUAAAUAAUGAAGCAUUGAUGCUUGAUUUAUAUAAAGAAGCUGUCGAAGAAUUGUUGCUUCUUAAUAAAACAAAUCUCGGGCUAAGUGAAGUAAAAGAUGAGCAUUUAUUGAAAGUCGCGGGACACUCACAGAUUUUAUUAGUAAAAGCGAAAGAAGUUGCUGAUGUAAAGCAUGGAGGCAUUUUAUUGCAUGGGAAACUGACUCCCCCCCCCCUCCGUGAGCGAACAAAACCAUUAGAAAAAUCGCCAUUUUUUGACCAAAAACCCACCCUCCGUGAGUGAACAAAAAUUUUUUUUAAUAGAAAAAAUUUUAAUGGAAAAAAAAUUUGAUAUAUAAGUGAUAAUUAGUAUAUAAUGAAAUCUAGAGCUAAUUCUGUUUAAUUUUAAACAAAUUGCGUUUUUUAAAAAACAUAAAUUUUGCAAAUUAAAUUAAUAUUUGCUUCCCAAUUUUUGCAAAUUAGGAUUUUUUUUUAAAUUUCAAAAAAUAUAUUUUUUAUAAAAAUUUUAUAUAUAAAUUUUUUUUAAAAAAAAAAAAUUUAACCCCCUCCGUGAGCGAACAAAAUUUUUUUGUUCGCUCACGGAGGGGGGGGGAGUGAAUAAAAAGAGAGGCAUAAAACUGAUGAGACCUGAUAAUGAAGGACUGAGAGCAAGCGAAGACUCAAUUUUUAUGUCUUUUCCAAAGGAGCUUGGGGAAAAUCUAUCUCAUAUGGAAAAUAUCCCUGAAGCUUUCUUAGAUUAUUAUGGGAAGUCAUUUAAGGAUACUGAUACCUUAAAAUUGGAGACAGGGAAGAAGAUGAUUGAAGCUUACCGUUUGAGCUCAAAGCUAGUCCCAGUUUCUUCUAAUAGUUAA